GGCUCUACGAUUCUCUGCCUCCCCUCGCGCGCCCACAACGACCUAAGCACCUCUGCUCGAUACUCAAUCAUCAAUUUUAUUUCGCUCUUCUCCUUUAUCUGCCUGUCAGCUUCAACUCGCGUCUUCCUCGUCUCCUGAUUCUGCGGAGUUGCUGGAGCUUUCGGCCGCCAGCUUUUCACUCCGCCUGCGACAGCUUCGGCCCCGAAAGCUGCAUUCCCACGAAGCCUCCCCCUCAAGGGUAACUAGCUGAAGCACCUCUUAUCCUCCCUUGCUAUCGAGUCCGCAACUCGCGUCAUCUUGAUCCUAAUACCAACAUGCCCGACGUUAAGAGAAACGUUAAGCUCAUAACAGAGCAGCAGGUCAUAAACAAGGAUUCCGGCGUUGAAGGUUUUCCACUCCGAGCAUGGUCAAUUGAGGUGUACCUCAUCAACGACCAGGGUGAGCAGGUGGCAGCCAAUGUUUUCGACAAGGUGACCUACAAUUUACAUCCCAGUUUCGGGAACAGAGCAAACCAAGUUGUCAAGAACCCCCCUUUCAGGAUCCAAGAAGAAGGAUGGGGUGAGUUUGAUAUGCAAAUCAGCCUCACUGCCGCGGACAAAGACCAUGUCAUCGCGCACGACCUUAACUUUGCGCAAACGCGCUACGAGUCCAAGCACGUCAUUACAUUUAAGAACCCCAAGCCAGCCCUGUUAGGGGUGCUUCGCGAAUCUGGACCUGUCCCUGGCGAUGAGAAUGGGUUGAAGUCGAAGCGUUCUGCAGGAGGAGAGGAAGGAUCCAAGAAGAAAAAGCGAACAGACAAGAGCGUUGAUAUGGACAAGCUGGCCGAUGGCCUUCAGCGACUCGGCGAAGAUGAUCUCCUCCAGGUGGUACAAAUGGUUCACGAUAACAAGGCCCCCGACUCCUACACCAAGAAUGACGUUGAGCAGGGAGAGUUCCACGUCGAUUUGUAUACCCUCCCAGACUCUCUAAUCAAGAUGCUAUGGGAGUUCACACAGGAAAAAGGAGCUCUGUGAUUAUCGAUUCAGCAGUUUUUGCCUCUUUUCCAUUGUUCCCAUUUCCAAAUCCUCUCAUGUUGGCGUGACCGUACCCUACCUCAUUUAACCCUUUUUUUGUAUCCUUUCUGCGUUUGAAGGCUUCCAGAAGUCCAAUUUUCCAAUUUACAGCAUUAACUACAUAUGUUGGUCCCAGUUUUCUCUGGAUCUAAACUGAAUCCUUUAGCGGGAAGGAAAGGCACUGGAGCCUCUGUUGGUUAUGGAUGAUGGUCCACGAAAAGACAGAUACAUUCCAACUCUUUCAACUAGGGCCUAGGUUAUUUCAUUUUUUUCCGUUUUUUUACUGCCUGUCGUUCUUCUUUCUCGGAUUCCAUUUAUUAUCCUCUUAACUACACGCAAAAAUACAAGUUUCAGGGAAGAGGCGCUUUGCUUGAUAACGACCAGAAUUUAGUUUAGUGAACGUUUUCUUAUGAAGAAUAAAAUGAGGAAAUAAAUCGAAUUGAAUUGAAUCCUAG